CUCCUCAUGCUGUCCAGGUCCGAGUGUGUCAUGGGCCCCCUACCGACUCCAAAUGCUGCUGCCAGGCCCGUAAUCUGUCAUGGGCCCCUGUACCGCCUCCCCAUGCUGCUGCCAGGUCCAGAUUGUGUCAUGGGUCCCUGUACGGCCUCCCAUUGCUGCUGCCAGGCCUGUAAUCUGCCAUGGGCCCCCGUACCGACUCCUCAUGCUGCUGCCGGGCCCCCAGUGUGUCAUGGUCCCUGUACGGCCUCCCAUUGCUGCUGGUCUCUAUCGCCAACACUCUGCCAUGUGCCACUUUCAGGUCUCCCACACUGCUGGUUUUCCAUUUUUGUCAAAAGGGUGCUG